UUUUAUAUUUAUAGGUCAGUAGGUGAAGCAAACGCAUGAAUGGUUUUGUAUAGACUAUUCAAUAUUCAAGUUCUGUUGAAAUUGUAAGUUUGUUUUAGUGUUUUGAUCACUGGAUCAAUUGAUUUUUUGCGUUCAUCAUGGCGACCCCCCAACCCCGGGAAGAAGGUCAUGUUGGAGGAGGUCAAAAGCAGAGAAAAAUGUCGACAAAAGGAGAAUCGUUGUAUGAAAUGCUGGGAAUAGAGAAAAAGGCAACACAAGAUGAAAUAAAAAAGGCAUAUCGUAAAUUAGCAUUGCGCUAUCAUCCUGACAAAAACCCAAAUAAUCCAGACGCAACAGAGAAAUUCAAAGAAAUAAAUAGCGCUCAUAAAAUACUUCAGGAUGAAAAGAAACGAGAAAUAUAUGAUCAAUAUGGUUCUAUGGGAUUAUAUAUUGCAGAACAAAUUGGAGAAGAUAAUGUAAAAACAUAUUUUGCAUUGCAGUCACCUUGGGCAAAGGGACUUGCAUUCUUCUGUUGUCUUAUCACGUGUUGUUGUUUCUGUUGUUGUUGUUGUUUCUGCUGUAAUUGUUGUUGCGGUAAAUGCAAGCCAGAUAUUGAUGAAGAUGCUGAAUUCAUUCCUGCCGAAGACUUAGAAGAUGAUUCUGAAAAUGACCCUCCAGUCACAAUGCAGCCCGGUGGUGCUACACAGGAAUCAGCUGAUAAUUCUACUGCAAUUCCUUUGCCUAUGGGCACCGAAGGCUUCCAAUCAUCAAAUGAAAAAGCUCCGUUAACAACCAAUGCAGCACAAACUUCUUAUAAUGGCAUAGAAUGAUUCACAUACUAGGACCGAGCAGUAGGAAUGUCAGCACGAUUAAGCGACAGAGACACAAUAAAUCCCCCUUUGAAAUUACCUUAUUAGUAUCAGUUUUCGAGUCCAAUCAUUAUUUAUAAUUGUGGGUUUGUGUAUUAGCCUGCUUGAUUAUUUACUGUAUUAGCCUGCUUGAACUUUGAAACUUUUUAAUGAAACAUCGAAGUAGGCGAAAUAACACUGUUAAAAUAAGUACUGGAGAAAAUUCAAUGUAUGAUAUGUGAAAGUUCAGCAUAUGCCUGGCUUGUAUUAGUUUUUUUGCACAUAAAGUCCUUCAUUGUAAUUAUCAAAUAUAUUUAAACCUCUAUAAUAUUUAGUCCAUUGGGCAUUCCUGCUGCUCAGAAAUUCUUCUUCAUUAUGAUCAAAAGUUCCUGGUCCUGCACAAUUGUGCUUAUUAAUCAGACAUUGUUCACUCCAUGCAAGCAUCCUACCACUUUGACUUAUGGAUGGCAGAAAAGGUUGUAGUUCUACAUGUAGAGGAGCUAUUUUAUCAGCUUCCCACCAGUAACAAUUAUGUCAAGCAUUUUCAGUGAUCUGAUCAUAGAGAGAGCAUUGUUUUCUGGGUCAGCCACUGUAAAUAAAAUUCUUGUCAUUUUAUUGAUUCCGCCCUACUUUAUGGAGCACUUGUUUAAAUUAAGGCUUUUUUUUCGUUUGAACUUUUGAUUCUUUUUUGUUUAUUUGUAUCUUUGAGAUGGUCGUUUAAUCAUCUCAGUGAUAUUACAAUAUUUACCCUGAAGUUUGCACAUUGAUUAUGGGUGCAAGAUUGAUCACAGCAUAUCUAAUGCAAUCAAAGCUUCAGUGGUUAUUGUGUUUAUAUAAUACUAGGAAUUUUUUUUAUCAGGGUAUAAUCAAUCGAAAACCUCUCCUGGUACAAAUAAUUGUCCACAAGCAAUGUGGAAAGCGCCAACAUCCUAAACUUUGUGUAACAGUGUAAAAUUACAUAAAUGCAUAAAACAUCAUGCUUAGUUCAAUAUCAUCUCCAAUAAGUCAACUGCAUAAUUUUUAUAACACAACACGUUGAGUUGUUACCCAGAAAGCUAUAUGAAAAUGCGAACCAUGAGCUUUGUUUUAAAUGAAUCAACAUUCACCUUUUUCAUAGAAAAUUUAGUUUCAAUACUUCAUAGAGAUAUAGAUAAUCUCUCUAUUGACUGCAAUACAGAUUCUAUUUUCUUUAUCAAUCAAUGUGUGUGUUUCAACAACUAAUUUUUCUGAAUGUAUCUAUUUAUAUUAUAUUAGUCACAUUAUUUAAAGCAUUAGGAAGUUUCAAACCUUAACCAAUUCCACUUAUCAUGCGAGGAAUAAAUAUAUUGAUAUAGAAAUAAGUUUGCCUAAAAUCUCCCCCCCUGAAGUCUAUUUGAAUUACCGUAUUUAGAAUUGAGUGGAAUUGUAGCAUUUACAAUAGUAUGAUGGCUUGCAUGUAACUCAAAACUUAAUCUCAAGCUGUUUCAUUUAUUUAACUGCCAAUCUUAUGCAACUCGAUAGAUACUGUUUUUAUAAAGAAUUUUUUGACUGGAUAUUAUUAUAUUCUUGUUAAAAAUGUAUCAAAUGGUAGGAUUGUUAUGGUAGAUAGAUGUUUUUUGUCUGCUAAUAUUUCAGCCCCCAUUAUCUCCUAAAUUAGUAGUUUCAAGUUAUUUAUCUCUACUAUUCCAGCUUUUUCCGGUUACAAUAUUGUCUUUAAUGUCAGUUCAAGUGAAUAAUUACUAUUUCUGUUGGUAACCUUUAAUAAAUUUUGUGUUCGAUUCAAUAUAGCCAAUUUUUAUUGCGAUUGAUCGAAAUCUUUAUACUAAUUAAAAUACGGUAGAGCCAUG